AUGUCAGCACGCACAGCCAAUUUAGCGCAUCGUUGCCAUACCCUCCCAAACAUUCGCCCCUCUCGGUCUUGCUGCGACAGCGUGCAAGAUUUCGAACCCUUCUGCAUCCUUUCUCCACACCGGCCAGUUCACUCGCGUUUUCUCACCGCAGCCAUGGCCUCCGCUGUUGCCACCGUCGCCGCUGCCUCCCCUACCGCCAUCACUUGCCAGGCCUCCGCCUCUAGCAGGAAUGUAUCCGUGAGGAGCGGAUUCAUGGGAGCCACUCUCCGUGUCUCUCCAGCUGCCAGAGCCGUCCGCGCCGAGAAGUUUGCUGUCCGUGCGUCGUCGUCUGAGGAGCUCGGUGGAACCCAGAAGCAGAUUCUCGAGGCGUUCUCGGGGGUGAAGGCCAAGUGGGACACCGUGGAGAACAAGCCCACCGUGCUGCUCUACACGGGCGGCGCCGUGCUCGCCUUGUGGAUCACCAGCGCAGUCAUGGGAGCCAUCGACUCGCUGCCUCUGGUCCCGGAUUUUCUGAAGCUGGUCGGCACUAUCUAUGGUGGCUGGUUCGUCUACCGCUACCUCCUAUUCGAGGCGAGCCGGAAGGAACUGGCGACUCUCAUCAACGACCUCAAGAACCAAAUUGCUGAUUCGAAAUAG